AUGUACUAUGUGGGUAUAGAUACAGAUAAAAAGUUGGAUGUUCCGGGAUUCUGGCCGGAUCCAGACACAUUGAACAAGGUGCCGAAGGAAAAGUAUCAAAUACAAGCAGAACUUGCCAGAAUGCGGGCUGCAAAAGUGGAAAAAAGAAAAAGACUUGAAGAGAAAGCUCGAGAACUUGGAAUCACGCCAGAGAGUGUGAACAAGAAGGAUGAUGAAUGA